CCUGACUCCCAGCAGCAGCAGCAGCCAUGUGAGAGGAGCUGUCGACAAGCAAAGGAUGCCCACGCCCAGCUAAAGCAGAGCCGCCCCCCCAUCCAUCCCCUCUGCUCCCUCCCUUCUUCACACAUGAGGACGAGAAGAUGACUAUCACCAGCCGGCAGUCCUUCAAUGUCCUGACGGUCAUCUUCCUCCUGCUGUCCACUGCAGCGCUCUCAGCUCAUUACCGAGUGUGUGAACCGUACUCCGACAACAAGGGGCGUUACCACUUCGGCUUUCACUGCCCACGCCUCUCAGACAACAACAAGACCUACAUGUUCUGCUGCUACCACAACAACACCGCCUUCAAAUACUGCUGCAACGAGAGCGAGUUCCAGGUGGUCAUGCAGGUCAACCUCACCACCACCUCAGACGGUUACGCACACAAUAAUUAUACAGCCCUGGUCGGCGUGUGGAUCUACGGCUUCUUCGUGAUGGUGCUGCUGGCGCUGGACUUUCUCUACUACUCCGCCAUAAACUAUGAGCUGUGCCGGGUGUACCUGGAGAAAUGGGGUCUGGGCGGGCGCUGGCUGAAGAAGGCUCGCAGUCAGUGGCACAGGUCCAUGCCGGAGGAGAGCGAGGCCCCGGCUCAAGCACCCCCCACCGUCUCCAGCCACUACCAGCCCAGAAACAGCCUGAGAGGGGAGAGCCACAGCCCCACACUGCUGCCCUACAACACAUCCACCGCAUGAACGAUGCUGCAGUGGACCAACUGAAGAGUAGCAACACCUUGUUUCAUUUGGUGGUACAGAGGAGACGCCCUUCCCCCCUGAUGCCCCCUCUCUGGACCACAGACUCAACACCAGUGGUGGGUUAGCCAUACUGUAGUAGGAAGAAGUGACUGCUGCCCUUUUCUAAUGAGCACAAAACCCCCUUGGACUGACAGACUGAUAUGGCAGUUAGAAACUCAGCUGAAAAGAAGCUGCCGGAGACACAGAGGAGCGUACUGCUACUGCCAUAGCAGAGGAGCGACACAUUGAAAUGCUCACAGGUGUUCAGUGAUCCCCUGAAAAGGCUGCCAAAGCCUGGAGCAUCUCCAACAGAUCCGAGCUGAACUGGAUCAACUGUACCCACAUGAAGCGAGGAGCUCAUCUUUCUAAAUAUAACAUGUUUAUUACACUGCUGUGUCAGUUUGUGUUCAGUAGCAGUUAGACACGAUGUGGGUUAUCUAUUUGGUGAUUUAUUUAUGUGAAGUAGUCAGAGAAAUAUAUGAGUGGUUGACAUUCGGGAACAUGUAACAGCUUAGGUUGAUGCUGAGCAUCUCACUAGAGUAGAGUGUUUUUGUUACUUACUGAAACUAGACACAAAAUGUCUCUGCAGCCAUGUUGAAAAACAAUAUCUUGUAUUGUGUUCUCUCUAUAUUGUAACGUGUCUGACAAGGACACAAGGCCAUACAGAUAAACUGUUGUAGAUCUAAAGGUUUUACAUUAGGUCAUCAAUAUUUCUCCUUUUCGGUUUGUGAUGCUGAGGAAAGGGAUCUCCACUCUCAAUAAGUUAUUCAUCCAAACAAUGAAUGAGGAUCAGGGAUGCCUUUACAACAGCAAAGAGCUUCAUGCUAAGUUAAACAUGAAUCCUUGGCUGUGAGCCUACAGACCCAUUUGAGAGCAUUACUCCUAAAGUUAGUGUGAGACAGUCGCCUCUGGAAACUCAUCCAUUGACUUGUUUGCCCUUCCUCAUUACCAGAGCUGCCUGAAAAACAGCUCCAUUAGCAAUAUGAUGCAAAUGAAUAUCCAUUUGGUUCCAUUAUAAGGAGAGCUCUUUAUCCCACACUGGUAAAUAGACAAUUGUAAGCGAUUAGCCAUAAUAAAAAAAAUGUAAAAAACCCAGUAAAACCCCUUUCACUGUCAGCAAUAAUGUACAGUAUCUCAAUCAGAAGGAUGACAUGGUGUGUAAAAGUCAGAGGCGCCCGUCCAAAUGAGCGCUGGGUAAUCAUUGAGGUGUAUCGCAGAGCUUUCAGGAGGAUUUAAAUGUAAUAAGGACUCAAUGCAAAGGGCAUACAGUAUUUCAGGAUAAUGAACUCGUAUCAAAAAAAGGUCCCCAACUCAUUCUCUAUUGGCUUUAUAAAAAGGAUAAAAAAAUAUACUUUCACUUUAGAGCUGCAACUAGUGAUAUGUUUCAUUCCUCAUUUGGUCGAUAACUUCUGAGAGAAUAAUAAAACUGAAUGUUAUAAUUUACAACAGCCUGAGAGCAGGUCCAAAACUCCAAUAAUGUUUAGUUAUAUUAUUCGAUAUUAUUAAAUAAAGAUAACAAUCCUUUCCAUAUGUAAAAUCACUAACUUACUUGAAUAAUUACUAAAUGGUCUAAUUGACAAUAGGCUGCAACUAAAGAUUGUUUUAAUUACUGAAGUCUGGCAAUUAUUUGAUCAAUUUAUUAAUACAUGAUCUGCUCUUUGAAGUUUUACAAAAUAGUUUAAAAUGACCUUUAUUGUACAACCAAUAUUUUAAAGAUAUUCAAUUGAUUUUAUAGGAGACAAAGGAAAGCAUCAAAUCCUAAUUUUUGAGACUGAAACAUCGACACAUUGAUUAACCAAAUCCAGUUAGCUGGACAAAUAGAUACAUUGACUAUCAUUUCAGCUCAGUGAUUUCAUCAGGCCCAAAUCGUUAAUAACUGAUGAGAUAAAUGAUCUGUAAUCCAGAUAGGUCUACGAGACAAAGCAGCUGUGGGUGCCAGACUGAAUAUGAGCGGCAGCAUGUGAAGAGCAGGUGGACAGACGGUAGGUCGGAAGAAGGUGUCGGUUCCAAUCUUGCAUCUGCAAUGGCAGCUGCUGAGCCUUUAUGUAAUAUGAAUGUGAAAUGUCCUCGCUGAAACAGGAGAUGCCGUUAAUCGUUAGGAGCUGGCCAUAAACCAGACAUGAGACUUGGGUUAGGGUUUAGGGUUAGGGUUAGGGUUAGGGUUACCCUAACCCUAACCCUAACCCUAGCCAUCAUAUUAGCCACUUUUACGCCAAGUACUUUGCCGUACUUAGUUCCCAACAC